AUGGCUGAAAGCGAGUCAUGGUACGACAUCACACUAGAAGAAGAACUAGAAAAGGAAAGAAAGAGCAGCGUGUCUUCUCUCAGUCUAAUUAAUGUUUCUUCUAGCAACUUCAUCUUGCACGAGUCAAGACGAGGGUUUCCUGUGUUAUCUCCACUAAAAGAAAUAGACAGAACCCUUGAGUUGAAAGAGGAAAUGUUAGCUAAUGAACAUUUUGAGGAAGAAAUGUUAUCUAAAGAGGAGAUGUUGACCCCGAAGAAAACAAGGCUGGGUCCUCGGGCCUCACAGCGACACUCCUCGCAUGAGGAAGACGAAAACAUGGCCGCAGCAGUUAAUCCUUCACCCAGGAGGAAAGUUAAAAUAGAGAUGGUGGAAGGAUCUCCACUCUCUAGGGAUACAAACUGCCGACUAGGUCCCAGAUCAGAUAUGGUGGAGGGAUCUCCAGUCUCCAGGAAUGUGAAGAGCAGGUUAGGUCCCAGAGCUGCGAGUAGACAUGGUGCCGUGACACCAGAACAUAUUGGAAACAAGAGGCACUUUGCUCGGGACUCUCCCCGAGCCUCCUCGUGGGACUCCCCUCAACGUGACACAGAUCACAAGGACAAAAGACACAGAGUGGGCACACCAACCCGAGACAGAGGCACACCAAACCAAGACAGACAUAUCUUCAGUACACCAGAGCCUAUCAGGAACAUCAAGAAGAGAGACAACGGCAAGUUCAAGACUCCAAACUCAGAUUCCAGGUUGUACACCAAAAAGAGCCAGACUAACAGAGACCGGUUAUCAGGAGCUGGCAAGGACUUGUUUGGUAAUACCCGGAAGAGAGGAAAGAGUGAGAGCGUUAAAGAAAACGACGAGCCACUCAAGGCGUUGACAGAGGAACAAAUAGCAAAACGUGAAAAACAGGUGCUGUAUGGCAAAGUAACAGACGGUUACCAGAACUACAAGUCUAUCAUUCCCAAGGGUUUGAGGAACAUCAGGGACCCCGCAACCCCCAGGAAGGAUUAUCCGUACAGUAAGCGUUGUUGGGAUGGGUUGGUGCGCAGUUGGAGACGUAAGCUUCAUGAGUGGGAUGAACCUAGUGUCGCGCUGGGUCUCCGUGCGGCGUACACUAAAAACAACAAAGAUCUGAAAGACAGUGGUUUAGUUAACAAUGCAGGUGAACUGGUCAUGUUCACCUCCUCCGAACCUGCAGAGGAAACAAACGAGACACCAGAAGAAGAAGAACCAGUAUCCCAACCAGCUGAGCCCGCCACCUGGGACAUCCCCCAGUUUCGGUACCCAGCUGAGGACGACACACAAAGCCAGGACAGUGAGUACACCAGGCUGCUGGGCAACAAGGAUGAUGAGGACGACACACAAAGCCAGGACAGUGAGUACACCAGGCUGCUGGGCAACAAGGAUGAGGACGACACACAAAGCCAGGACAGUGAGUACACCAGGCUGCUGGGCAACAAAGAUGAUUUCCCUGAUGACUCGGACGACUCAGACGGCUCAUAUCAUCUGUCACAGGACAGCCAUCUGAACGAGGAGCUGUCCCAGGAGGGGGAGAUGAUGGAUUGCGAGGAUGAGACUGGAAUGAGAGUUGGGGAUCAGGAGUCUUGUAAUCGCACUACUGUUUGUUAGCAUCUGUGGUAUCAGUUACAGAUACAGUUAUUUAGGUCGUUUCACCUCGUUUGAUACUUUGGGUAAAGAUUUGUUAAAUUCUUGUUGUGACACUUUUUAUCAGAUUUUAUAAUAUAGACCCACGAGCAAGGACAUCAAUCGAUUUACGACCGCUCAAUCUUUUCAAAUUAAUUAAUAUUUUAACUGUAUUUAUGUUGAUUUAAAUUUAUUAUAAUCUGUACCAGACGUACAGUCCAUCGCAUGUUAAUAAAACUUAUUAUAUUAACAAUCGGUGAAAUCUGUUAUUUGUUAAAUUUGUGUUUAAUACAGCACCGUUUUGUAAAUGUUUGGUCCACCCCAUUCAAAAGCAUGUUUUCUCACUUUUUUUAAUGCUUUCUAAAAGUGCGACCAGUCUCACUGCAUGUACCGUCAACUGUGACGUAUGAAGGUCAUCUGACCCAUAAGUGACUAGCUGUAAUUCAUCGUGGCUUCAAGGGCUAGCUGUUAUCAAUUUACAGCGAGUGUAACGGACGGUGUAUUUUUCGUCCGACAUUAUCUGUAGUUGGACUCGUUUUUCGUCCAGGAUUAUUUGUUACAAAGUUACGUUUUUAUUAUUUGUUUGGUUUAUAUUCAACAAGUUAUUAUUUCAAUUCAA